AUGGUUAAAAUGCGCACGGGCUUCGUAACUAGACCCUGGGCAACUCCAAAACCUGGUCACAGUCCGCUUGAGGGAGUGCUUGACCAAGUGAACAAACAAGUGCCUGAAUCGUCUCCGGACCGAGACAAUCCCAUCCACCGAGCACCCGCCUCCCCUGUGUCCGCAGGCGACCUGAGCGUCUCGGCCGAGCGCCUGAGUGAGAAGCGGUCCCCCAGCGACUUCGCCCUCUGGAAGGCCUCCAAGCCCGGGGAGCCAUCCUGGCCGUGCCCCUGGGGAAAGGGGCGUCCAGGGUGGCACAUCGAGUGCUCGGCCAUGGCGGGCACCCUCCUCGGAGCCUCAAUGGACCUUCACGGAGGGGGCUUCGACCUCCGCUUCCCCCACCACGACAAUGAGCUGGCGCAGUCGGAGGCCUACUUUGAAAACGACUGCUGGGUCAGGUACUUCCUGCACACGGGCCACCUGACCAUCGCCGGCUGCAAGAUGUCCAAGUCGCUCAAGAACUUCAUCACCAUUAAAGACGCGCUGAAGAAGCACUCAGCCCGGCAGCUGCGCCUGGCCUUCCUCAUGCACUCGUGGAAGGACGCGCUGGACUACUCGGCCAACACCAUGGAGUCGGCGCUGCAGUACGAGAAGCUCCUGAACGAGUUUUUCUUAAACGUGAAAGACCUCCUCCGAGCCCCCAUCGAGGUAGCCGGUCAGUUUGAGAAGUGGGAAGACAAGGAAACAGAGCUGAACGAGAGCUUUUAUGACAAGAAGGCCGCGGUUCACGAGGCGCUCUGUGAUAACGUCGACACGCGCACCGUCCUGGAGGAGAUGCGGGCUCUGGUCGGCCAGUGCAACCUCUACAUGGCAGCGCGGAAGGCCGCGAGGAAGAGGCCCAACCGUGCCCUGCUGGAGAGCAUCGCCCGGUACCUCACGCACAUGCUGAAGGUGAGCCCCGCUGCGACGGCGCCAGUGCGGGCCCGCGGGUCAUGGGAGCCGCGCCGCGCUGUCCUCAGGUCCUGCCGCGCCUGUGCCCGAGACAGCAAGCCCCCCGCCCCUGCCCUCGCUCCGAGCAAUUUCGCCUCUUUGCCUUUGUACCUCUCUCCUGCCUUUGGCUCUCUGCAUUUGCCAACAAAUAUAUAG